CGGAAACCGGCUGUCAGCUGUCAAAAAUCAGCCGGGUUCUUUUUCCGUUUAGCAUUUUGAGCGACGCGGCUUCUUCAACCAAUAAUCCAAUAUGCCUCCUAAAUUUGACCCGACAGAAGUAAAAUUGGUUUAUCUGCGUUGCGUAGGUGGAGAGGUCGGUGCGACUUCAUCCCUGGCUCCGAAAAUCGGUCCCCUUGGCUUGUCUCCCAAAAAAGUUGGUGAUGAUAUUGCUAAGGCUACUUCCGACUGGAAAGGCUUAAAGAUUACUGUAUGCCUUACCAUUCAAAAUAGGCAAGCAACCAUUUCUGUGGUUCCAUCUGCUGCGUCCCUAAUUGUAAAGGCACUGAAAGAACCGCCACGCGACCGCAAGAAGCAGAAGAACAUUAAACAUAGCGGAAAUAUCACAUUCGAUGAUAUCCUGGCAAUCGCCCGAACAAUGAGGCCCAGGUCAAUGGCCCGCGAGCUAAAAGGAACUUGCAAGGAAGUCUUAGGCACCGCUCAAAGUGUUGGCUGCACUGUCGAUGGAAAACCUGCCCAUGAUGUUAUUGAUGAUAUCAAUGAUGGCUCCAUGGAGGUUCCCGCAGAAUAGAUAUAACACAUUUUUGCAACAAAAUAAAUCGUACGUUUGACCACACGUACCUUUUCGUUCUUUAUAUAUUAA